AUGCACCCCUUUUUUCUUGCCCAAGGACCUGCAUUCAAAGAAGGCUUUGUUUCAGAGCCAUUUCAAAAUGUGAAUAUAUACUCUCUUAUGUGUCAUAUACUGGGCAUUGAACCAGCGCCAAACAAUGGCUUUUUACAAGCAGUGCAGCAUCUGCUAAAGGAACACAAACACGAUUAUACAGUGUUGAUAGUAGUCAGUGUAAUUUCUGUUUUAGUUCUUUUGUUAAUGAGUUAUGGUAUUGUCUCAUUUUGUGUCAAAAAUCAUUGUAGAAUAAGGCAGUAUGGGCAUAUAUAUGACUUAGGAACAUCAGAAUUGUUUGAUUUGUAG